AUGAACGGCAAAUAUGCCGUGCCAGCCUUCCUUGAUGUGAAAUCAAAGGAUGGUAACCUCAACUUGGUGUUGUGUGUUGUGAGCUCUGCUGUUGCAGGCAUCGGGAUCGGCCUGUUCGGGUGCCUUCUAUCAGCAGCUGAUCACAUCAGGCGGCGGAACGGCGGAUUGCACACCAUGCGCAGCCGGAUCUACUCCUGGAUUGGCAUGGUUGGAUCUGUGGUAUUUGGUUUGUUUUCGCUUGUGGGGCUCAUAUUUGGUUCCGUCAGCCUGGCCACUGUGGUGCGAGCUGGAUCAACGCUGCCAGCGAAUGCUGUCUUCAGUCAAAUGUUUGGGUUGCGACCGCUGGUACGAGAUGAUGUGCUUGGGACCUUGGUAACGAUUUCAGGCAUAAUCAGCUUCACCAUCUUCCAGGGGUGGUCGGAGUACAAGCAUGACGAAAUUGAGUUUUUGACAAAAAUUUCGGCACCCGGCUCCAUUGUCUGGAUGGCGAUCCUGUUCAUCCUCCCAACUGUCUCCAGCUGUUGGCUGUACUUUCACAGGAGCUCGAAGCGCGACAGCCGGGAAUAUGCGGCUGCUGCUCGUCGCAGGGCGGUGGCCGCCACACUGAUUUGCUCAUGCUCGUCUGCCUUCAUGGAUCUGGCGGCAAAGGGUUGGUCCUCCUCUUCCAAGGCCUCAGCAGCAGGACCUGGCAUGAGCUUUGGUCUGGCAUCGCCAACGUUCUGGACAGCAUUGUCCCUGAACGUCCUUUUCUUGAUCCUCAUGCGUUGGUCUAUCAUUUAUGGUUGCCGACGAUGUGAUGUGUUGAUUUUUGUCCCGUUAAAUACAACUGCGAAUAUUAUUUUCAGCGUGGCCGCGGGUAUGAUUUGCCUCUCAGAGUACAAGUCGGUGAAAUCAUGGCCGGGACUUGUGACUGCAGGGCUGUCUAUGCUUUGUGGCAUAUUCAUGCUCGUCACUGGUCCAGCUGAGACUAUGGCGUCCUGGAUUGUAUUUGCUUUCUUGGUGUCUGGCUGUCUUUGUUUAUUGCCAUGCCGAAGGGGGAGUACCGGUGUCCGGCUUGUAAGUGAGCCAGGGGAAGUAAGGGCCUUUUCGCACCUGCUGAUGUGCCGUUGUGGACACAUUCGCAGACACCCACUUCGAAAAGCAUCUCGCACCACGACCUUACACCAAACGAUCGCACUCAACAAUGACCUCGUCCCACCAGGGCCUAUUCAGCCGUGA